GACCAACGCAGCCUAGGGGGACGUGCCCGGAGACAAACCUUACCCUAAGGGUGGGGGCUGCAAAGCCGCCACAGGUCGUCCGGUCCUGCCCCCCCAUCGACACGUGGGGAAGCUGAGGCCCAGAAAGCGGGUCGGCCAGGACCACACAGCGCCCCGAACGCAGCACCAGAGGGCCAGCCUCUAGGGAGCAGCGGCUCUAAAACCCGCCGUGGGAAAGGCAAUUGCGGCGGAGGCCGCAAGCCGGACGGAACGCGGGGAGGGAUGCGCCAUCCCGAAGCCCCGGCCACAUCUAAAGCACGCACCGACUUUGAUCUCGUUGGGGUCGAACUUAGGCGGCAUGGUGGAGGCGGCUGGUGUCGGAUGAACCCGGAUUCGGGACGACCGAAGAAAGUUGCACCUUAGCCUCCUCCGAGCCGAAAACCGAAAGACCGGAAAAUGGGGCACUUGCGCCGGUUAAAGUCCUGAAAGCGCGGCUCUCGCGAGAACUGCCGUCUCCGCCCCAUCUUGCAGCGACGCCCUUGGUGCCAUAUUGCUUGUGGGCAGGCACCUAAGGCUGAAGGCUGGAGAAGGAGGCACCGCGAUUCUGCGGUCUUCGGUCUCAGACUUCGUCAUCCUGGUCUGCAUGACUUUCGGAGAUUCUGAGUUUUGGUCCCCAGUUCCUGCGUUUGGAGGAGAGCAGACUGUGGCUCCGCCGGGCCCGUGCCGGGUGGUCUGUCACCCGGCGUCCAUGACCAAGACCUGCAAGUGAUCGGCCUGCCUUGAGGUCCACCAGAGGGAACGAACGUCGGAGACCUGUGUAUCCGCAAAGCAAGUGUUGUGAAGAUCGCUCUAGGAAAAAGGAAGGAUGCCACUCUUCUUCCGGAAGCGGAAACCCAGUGAGGAGGCUCGGAAACGGCUGGAGUACCAGAUGUGUCUGGCAAAAGAAGCUGGGGCAGAUGACAUUCUUGACAUCUCUAAAUGUGAGCUCUCAGAGAUUCCAUUUGGGGCUUUUGCAACAUGCAAAGUUCUGCAGAAGAAGGUGUUGAUUGUCCACACGAAUCACCUCACUUCCCUGCUUCCUAAAUCCUGCAGCCUCCUGAGUCUCGCCACCAUCAAGGUUCUGGAUCUUCAUGAUAAUCAGCUGACAGCCCUUCCUGAUGAUAUAGGGCAGCUGACAGCGCUCCAGGUCUUGAAUGUGGAAAGGAACCAACUGACGUAUCUCCCACGUUCCAUUGGGAACCUGAUCCAGCUCCAGACCCUCAACGUGAAAGACAACAGGCUGAAGGAGCUUCCAGACACCUUGGGGGAGCUUCGGAGCCUGCGUACUCUCGACAUCAGUGAAAGCGAGAUUCAGAGGUUGCCGCAGAUGCUGGCGCACGUUCGAACCCUGGAGACUCUGAGCCUGGACGCGUCAUCCAUGGUCUACCCCCCACAGGAGGUGUGCGGCGCCGGCACCGAGGCCAUUCAACAGUUCCUCUGCAAAGCGUCCGGGCUGGAAUACUACCCCCCUUCUCAGUACCUGCUGCCAGUCCUGGAGCAAGAUGGAGCCGAGAACUCCCGGGACAGCCCCAGUGGGCCCACGGACAGGUUCUCUAGCGAGGAAAUAGACUGGCAGAAUAGGUUCUCAGACUAUGAGAAGAGGAAGGAACAAAAGAUGCUGGAGAAACUCGAGUUCGAACGGCGCCUGGAACUCGGGCAGCGAGAGCACGCCCAGCUCCUUCAGCAGAGCAACAGCCAGAAGGAUGAGAUCCUUCAGACGGUCAAGGAGGAGCAGUCCCGGCUGGAGCAGGGCCUGAGCGAGCGCCAGCGCUACCUGGACGCAGAGCGGCAGCGGCUGCAGGAGCAGCUGAAGCAGACAGAGCAGAACAUCUCCAACCGGAUCCAGAAGCUCCUGCAGGAGAAUCAGAGGCAAAAGAAAAGUUCUGAGAUUCUGAAGUCGCUGGAAAAUGAAAGGAUAAGAAUGGAACAGUUGAUGUCUAUAACCCAGGAGGAGACGGAGAACCUGCGGCGCCGUGAGAUUGCCUCGGCCAUGCAGCAGAUGCUGACCGAGAGCUGUAACAGCCGGCUCAUCCAGAUGGCCUACGAGUCUCAGAGGCAGAACCUGGUCCAGCAGGCCUGUUCCAGCAUGGCUGAAAUGGAUGAGCGGUUCCAGCAGAUCCUGUCCUGGCAACAGAUGGAUCAGAACAAAGCCAUUUGCCAGAUCCUGCAGGAGAGCGCCAUGCAGAAGGCGGCCUUCGAGGCUCUCCAGGUGAAGAAGGACCUGAUGCAUCGGCAGAUCCGGAAGCAGAUUAAGUUAAUAGAAACUGAGUUAUUGCAGCUGACACAGCUGGAGUUAAAGAGGAAAUCCCUGGACACAGAGGCACUACAGGAGAUGAUCUCGGAGCAGCGCUGGGUCCUGAGCUCCCUGCUCCAGCAGCUGCUCAAAGAGAAGACACAGCGAGAGGAGGAGCUCCGGGAGAUCCUGACGGAGUUAGAAGCCAAAAGUGAAACUAAGCAGGAGAAUUACUGGCUGAUUCAGUAUCAGCGGCUCUUGAACCAGAAACCGUUGUCCUUGAAGCUGCAGGAAGAAGGCCUGGAGCGCCAGCUGGUGGCCCUCCUGGUGGAGCUGUCGGCCGAGCACUACCUUCCCAUCUUCGCCCACCACCGCAUCUCACUGGACAUGCUGAGCCGGAUGGACCCUGGGGACCUGGCCAAGGUGGGCGUCUCGGAAGCCGGCCUGCGGCACCAGAUCCUGCGCAGAGCCCAGGAGCUGCUGGACGCGACCAGGGCCCGGCCAGAGCUGCCGAAACCACCCCAGGGCGAGGUCCUCCCCACGGCCCCUGAGGAGCUUCCCGAGGCAGUAAGACCAUCGGCCCCCUGCGCGGAGCUGGAGGCCCAGACCUCAGAAUGUGUUGUGUGCCUGGAACGGGAGGCCCAGAUGAUCUUCCUCAACUGCGGCCACGUCUGCUGCUGCCAGCAGUGCUGCCAGCCCCUGCGCACUUGCCCGCUGUGCCGCCAGGACAUCGCCCAGCGCCUCCGCAUCUACCACAGCCGCUGAGCGCCGGCCGCCGCCCGGGCCUGACACCUCCAGCCCCACCUCUGCUACCUGCGGGCCCAGGGCUCCAGCUCCCGCUCUGUUCUCCAUGGACUAGUACGGGCCCCUCUGUCCUGGCCCAGGCGGAGACAGGAGUGUUCCUGACCAAGGACAGAGCCAGCGUGAAUACCGUGGAGGAGAGAGGACCCCUCGCCGCACGAGGACAGGGUCUGGGGGGUGGGGUACCAGCAUGCCUCCAUCUGAGCACAGGCCUGAGUGUCUCAGCUGCCUCUGGCAGUCACGCCCCCCCACCCAGGAGCCUCCUCGGGAGCCCGGGCAGUGCUGUCCCACGGGGCAGGGUGGUGGGGGUGCAGGAGGGCCCUGGCCGAGGGGAGAGGUGGGGAGGCCACCGUGUCCUCGGACUGCCUGGCCAGAGUGUGUUCAGGGCGGGCCUGGUGCCACAGCGACGUCGGCCCCUCCUCGCCUCCCUCUGCUCUCCCCGCACGCUGGGCCCCUCCUCUCUCCAGCUCUGCACCUCCUCACCCCACGCAGCUCCAGGGCAGGUACUGAGCUUUGCAGACCCAAAGCAGUAACGUCAAUAAACCCAUCUCCAGCCGCCUCCUCCAGAGUCAUCCCUGGGUCCUGAUGGAGCCCGGGGAGGGGGAGGGGGUCGCAGCUGAGUCAGAAGGGAAGGGGGGAGGUGCGGUGUUCCCAAAGGUGAAGUUAUCCAAACCUCCCUUGUUGCAGGUGGAGAGACCAGGGCUCUAAGAGAAGGGCUCAGAAAGUCUGCGGAGCUCGUGGUGCCGUGUGGGCUGUGCUAUGUGCUCUGUUAUCGUUACCCCAGACCAGGGGGCUGGAUGUCCCGGGCCCUGCGACAGGAACGUGGUGGCGCUGGCUCUGGAGCCUAGAAGCAUCUUGAGCCCUGAACCCGUGCAGCCGCGCGGUUGUUCACCGCACAGUUGCGGGAGCCGUGCUCCUGGUACUCGCCGUAGAGCUGCGCCUCUGUUGUGCGCCUUCUGGCAGACAGUUCUGAGCCAGGGGCAGCUUUUCCUUUGGGCUACAGGCAGGCCUGCUCGGGGCGCCUGGGCUCUGCCUCCAGCUAACUCUGACUCUGGCCAACCUUCCACAUCCUAGUUCCCCAUCUGGUCAGCAAGGGACACGAUGGAGCCCUGACGUAGGCCGGCGGCCACCAGGGAGCCCUGACUGCUCAUCGCAGGCACAGCGUAAGAGCCGGCGGGAUGCAGGGGACAGGCCCUCACUCUCCCUGCCUUGUUGUGACAGUCCUGCGGGCUGAAACAGGACGGAUGAAAGGCCCAUGUGGUGUGAGUCCUGCUUUCCAGGUACCCGGGGGACCUCUGAUGGUUUCCCUCCCCACACACCCUGCUGGGCUCUGCUAAGCUAAGAGGGGAGACUGAGGCCUGAGGUGGGCAGGGCCACCUCGCAGAGCACAGUGUUUGGCGGGUCUCCUUGAACCCUCAAUAGGCCCCCCCUUUUAUAGACGAGGAGCCUGAGGUUGAGUUCAGUGCCUUGCCAAGGUCAACAGCAAGACUGCAGCUGAGCCCCUGCUUCCUCACCUCAGCCCUUAACAAGCCUUCAGCCACUGGCCACCGUCCCCCAAGGUGAUGGGGGCCCCAUAGCCUCAGCCCAGGUUCCCCGCCUUCCUGGACCUCAGUUUACACAUCGGUGAAAUGUGACAAUGGUGCCCGCCGCCUGGAGCUGCCGUGAGGCUCCUAGUCUUGCAAGUAACGUGCACGGCCCACAGUACUAGCUGUGUGAGCAGGAGUCUUACUGGCAUCACUGUUUGGAUCUAGUGUGAGCCUCGGGCCCACCCGCCAUGGGCACCCAGGGCCACGUGGCCAUAAAGUAGCUGCCCUCCUGCCCUCAGCAUUGCCCGAGACGCCCAGAGGGGCACCCUGCAUAGAUCUGGCUGAGGAAGCCGUCUGAGCUGCCAGCAGGCGGGUCACCUACCUGCUGUGUCCCUUCUCUCCAAGCCUCAGUUUUCUCCUCUGUAAAAUGGGAUAAUAGAACUCUGGCCAUGCACCUGUAAGCACUCGGUCAAGCGGCCAUCCCAGAAAGUCGAGGUACACAGGUGCUCCUAGUCCGUCUCCAGCAAAGGUCUCGCCCUGCUGGGACCACACGUGGGCCACUGGCUUUAAAUAAAGCAUUUAUUGAUUAGUAGAAGCUUAAACAGUUUGCAUAAUAUUUUCAAUACAAGAUUUGAGGAUGAUUUGGAAAACCACAAAAGAAGGCACCAAAGGAGAGCAUCUUCAGACGGAACGUGUUGGUAAAAGAGGUUAG